AGAGCAGCUAUUGAAGAGAAUGGAGUGCAGCCCGUCUCCCAUCGCCUCCUGAUCACCAGGAGCAAUCGAGGGGAAGCAAUAGUUGCACGGAUUUUUUUUUACAUGUCAAACAUUUCUUUACUGCUGGCUGAAGUGGGAGGACGCUUCCAAUUUGUAAUGCUGAAAUAUGAGAGAACGGAACCGGGGCGGGUGAAGGCACAUGGGAGAGGACUGUCCGUGUACUCGGGGCUCUAAAAGGAGGAAAAAAAACACGCUUGGAAGUGGAUUUGGCGAAGUGGGAUGAUUAUAAAAAGUUUAAGUUCCGGACGAAGCUCUGCACACCAACCACGCCAAUGGAUAUAAAGAGUGAGAGAGCUGCGGACUGCGAACAUUUCAUGUAACCUCUCAUUCAGAGUUGGAAGAUCCCAAACUCCGAUAGAAGACCAGCAUUGUGUUGGGAAGUGGGGCCAACAUGUUGCGGUGGUCUUUGACAGCUUUGAGUCUUUCAUGGACUUUUUUCCUCUGCAACCCGAGCACCAGUUCUGCACAAGAGAGACAGGGUUAUCUGGUCGCUGCCCCCUCGGUGUUUCGAGCCGGCGUGGAGGAGAGUGUGAGCGUGACCAUCUUCAAUGCGAAGGCAGAAACGCGCGUCCAGGUGCAGCUGACGGUGAAGGGGCAGUCGGUCGCACACAGCCACGGCUCACUGCUCGACAAAGGCACCAUCAAACUAAAGGUUCCCACUGGGCUGAGAGGCCAGGCCCAUCUGAAGGUGUGGGGGAACCGUCACCUGACAGAGGGAGGUUACAUCUUCCACAACUACACCACCGUCACAGUGGAGAGCAAGGGCACAGCUGUCUUCAUCCAGAUGGACAAGCCCAUCUACAAACCCAAACAUAAAGUGUUCAUCAAUGUCUACACAGUCACCCCCGACCUGAGGCCAGUGAAUGACAAGAUUGAGGCGUAUGUUUUGGAUCCAAGAGGGUCCAGGAUGGUCCAGUGGAAAAGUCUGAAGUCUGUCUGCUGUGGCGUUGUGAACAUGAGUUUCCCUCUGUCGGACCAGCCUGUGUUUGGAGAGUGGUUUAUAUUUGUGGAGGUGCAGGGCCACACCUAUAACAAGUCGUUUGAAGUGCAGAAAUAUGUGAUGCCCAAGUUUGAGUUGAUGAUUGAUCCUCCAAACUACAUCCGUGAUCUGAGCUCAUGUGAGCAGGCAACUGUCAGAGCCAAGUAUACGUUUGGGAAACCAGUCACAGGGAAGUUGACAGUGAACAUGACGGUGAAUGGAGUGGGGUACUACCGUCACGAGAUGGGCCAUCCUGUGAUCAAAAACAUGGAGAUCAAAGGCUCGGCAAACUUCAGCCUGUGUGUCAAAGACAUGAUGCCCGUGGAUGUGGCCGACCACUUCAGGGGAACUGUAAGCAUUUGGGCGUCAGUGACCAGUGUGGAUGGGAGCCGGCAAACCACAUUUGACGAUUCAACACCCGUCCAUAAACAGCUGAUCGACAUCAAAUACUCCAAGGACACUCGCAAACAGUUCAAGCCUGGUCUGCCCUACAAAGGGAAGAUCGAGGUUACCUACCCUGAUGGGAGUCCAGCUGAUGGGGUGAUGGUGCGUGUGAAGGCGGAGCUGACCCCCAAAGACAACGUGUACACCAGCGAGCUGAUCUCCAAGGACGGCCAGGCCACGUUUGAGAUCCCCUCCAUCCCCACAGCAGCCCAGUAUGUCUGGCUGGAGACCAAGGUGACGUCCAUUGAUGGUAAGACAGUGGGGGACCAGUACCUGCCCAGUUACCUGUCCAUCAGCAGCUGGUACUCUCCUAGCAGGUGUCACAUCCAGAUCCAGAGCCCCGGAGCCCCACUCAAGGUCGGCCAAGAAGCAGAAGUGGCUUUUAAAUCUACCUGUCCCUGUAACUUCACGCUGCACUACGAGGUGGCGUCCAGAGGGAACAUCAUCCUGUCGGGACAACAAGCUGCCAACCUGACCGCCUCGCACCGAGGGAAACGGGCGACUGUCACCUUCGACAAAAACAUCCAUACCACCCAGCUGCCUCCAUCUCCCUCUGGUGUUGCAGGCUCUUCCUCCUCCCAGGCGGAGAUGGACAGCUGUGUGUCGUAUCUACGUUUCCCCGUCAGCCACAGCAUGGCACCGCUCAGCCGCCUGUUGGUGUACUACGUGAGGGAAAACGGAGAAGGCGUCACGGACAGUCUGCAAAUCCCCAUCGAGCCCGACUUUGAGAACAAGGUUUCUGUUUCUCUGUCGAGUAACGAGUCUCUGCCCGGGGACCCUGUGACUCUACGUGUCCGUGGAGAAAAAGGGUCCUGUGUGUGUGUAGCCACUGUCGAUAAAAGCCUUUACCUGUUGAAGCCUGACUUCCAGCUCAGUCCAGACAAGGUCUUUAAAGAGCUGGCCGAUUUCGAUGUCUCGGAUGCCUUCGGGAUUCCCAAAGAUGACGGACACUUCUGGUGGCCAGGGCUGUCUUCAAGGAGACGCAGGCGCUCCUCUGUGUUCCCAUGGCACUGGGACAUCACCAAGGAUGCACGCUUUGCUUUCUCAGAAACAGGGCUGGUUGUGAUGACAGACAUGGUGAGUUUGAACCACCGGCAGAGUGGAGGCAUGUACACGGACGAGGCCGUUCCCGCCUUCCUGCCGCACACCUCCACCUUAGUGGCUGCCAUGCACUCUCGACCCACAGCCAGAGCAGAGAAGCGAAGGCGUACAUUUUUCCCAGAGACUUGGGUGUGGCACUGCCUCAACGUCAGCUCUGAGAGCGGGGAGGCCGAGCUGCGAUUGGAGGUGCCGGACUCGAUCACCACAUGGGUGACAGAAGCCAUCGGCCUGUCGGAGGAGAAGGGUCUGGGCUUAGCAAAGAGAGCCGAGCUUCGAACCUUCAAGCCCUUCUUCGUUGACUUCACGUUGCCCUACAGUUUGAUCAGAGGGGAGCAGACCAAGGUCCCCGUCACCGUCUACAACUACCUGCCAACCUGUGCUGAGGUUCAUGUUAAAGUCUCCGUCCCCAAAGGCAUAAAGUUUAUCGGUCACCCUGGAAAGCACCAUCUGACCAGGAAGAAGUGUGUUGCUCCCGGAGAGGCGACACCCACCUCCAUCGUGCUGUCGUUCACUGAACUAGGGUCUGCAAACAUCACAGCCCGCGCUAUCGCCUACAGUGAACCAAGCUGCUGUGCAGAUGGACUGCAAGCCGGCAAAACGAGUAACGAUGUGGAAGAUAGAAGAACCCCGAUCGGUCUGGAUUAUGUUCGUAGAACCGUCCAAGUGGAGCCAGAAGGCCUUCCCAGGGAAUACACCUACAGUGUCUUCUUCUGUCCCAAUGAGAGAAUCCACAUUUCCACCCCCAACAAGUACGAGUAUCAGUAUGUGAAAAAGCCGGCCAAGAUGAGCCAGUUCCAGGUGGCAGUGAAGACGCACAACGACGCCCACUUCGCCCUCUCUGCCAGCCCCCACGACAGUGCGGAGAUGCUGGAGAUCGUGCUCGGGGGCCGGCAGAACACUCGCUCCUGGAUCUCGUUGGGGAAGAUGGGCGAGCCUCUGAUCACUGCGGCCACACCGGGCAUCCUCUCCUGGGACGAGUUCCGCAGCUUCUGGAUCAGCUGGAAGGGAGGCGUGGUGCAGGUGGGCCAUGGUUUACAUCCAUCAAAUGAGUCAGUGAUCCUGCAGUGGACAGGCCAAUUCCACGGACAGGUUCGUCAUAUCGGCUUCUCAACGGGCUGGGGGUCAGUCGGGGAGUUUAAGAUCUGGAGGAAGGAAGACUCUGAUGAGAACCACAAUGAGGCCUUCACUCUGGGGGUCCCGCACAACAUGGUGCCUGGAUCUGAGAGGGCCACAGCGUUUAUGAUUGGGGACGUGAUGGGGCCGACCCUCAAUAACCUGGACAAGCUGCUGCGGCUGCCCUUUGGAUGUGGAGAGCAGAACAUGAUCCACUUUGCCCCCAACGUCUUUGUUCUGAAGUACCUGCAGAAGACCCGGCAGCUCAGCUCUGACGUUGAGACGGAAGCAACUGACUACCUGCUGCAAGGCUAUCAGAGACAACUGACCUACAAGCGGCAAGAUGGAUCCUACAGCGCCUUCGGAGAGAGGGAUUCCUCGGGCAGUAUGUGGUUGACGGCAUUUGUGCUAAAGUCCUUUGCUCAGUCUCGUGGUUUCAUCUUCAUUGACCCCGAGGAGCUACUUGCAGCCAAGUCCUGGCUCAUCAAACAUCAGCGAGACGAUGGCUCCUUCCCCGCCAUGGGACGCAUCCUCAACAAAGACCUGCAGGGAGGGAUCCAUGGGAAGAUUUCCCUCACAGCCUAUGUGGUGGCAGCUCUCUUAGAGACAGGGAUAAGCACAGAGGAGGAGAAGGUGGCAGUGGCCAAAGCAAAGGACUUCCUGGAGAGCAACACGUACUCUGCAGACGACCCGUAUACCACGGCGCUGUCUGCGUAUGCCAUGGCUCUGCUGCGCAGCCCCUACGCCCCGCUGGCCCUGCGCCGCCUCAACCACAUGGCCAUCACACAAGAUGGACUCACCCACUGGAGUCUGACAGGCAGCACUAUGACAGAUGAGGACACCUUCAUGGGCUUCAGUGAUGGCCUCUCUCAGUCAGUGGUGUCAGCGGAGGUGGAGAUGACAGCCUACGGUCUCCUGACGUACACUCUGCUUGGGGAUGUUGCGUCGGCCCUACCUGUGGUCAAAUGGCUGUCCCAGCAGAGGAACGCUUUGGGGGGCUUCUCCUCCACACAGGACACGUGUGUGGCUCUGCAGGCUCUGUCGGAGUACGCCAUCCUGUCCUACGUCGGCGGGGUCAACCUCACGAUCUCACUGGCCUCCACCAACCUCGACUUCCAGGAGACCUUUGAACUCAACAGAGACAACCAGAAAAUCCUCCAGAGUGCCAAGAUCCCCAGUAUCCCCACAGGCCUUUUUGUCAGCGCUAAAGGAGAAGGCUGCUGUCUCAUGCAGAUUGAUGUAUCCUACAACCUACCUGACCCAGUAUCCAAGCCGGCCUUCCAGCUCAAGGUGGACCUGAAAGAGCCUUUCCAGGAGCGACACACACCGCCUCCCUCCUCGUCUUCCCGUCAUACGUCCUCACGCACCCGGAGCCGCGCUGACAAUCGCUCUGAGCUGAACAGGAAGCGGCGGGCGCCCAUCGAUGACGACGACCCAGCAGCCCACCAGGACAAAAUGGACUUCCAGAUCUCCUUAGAAGUCUGUGCCAGGUGGCUCCAUUCAGGGUCGUCCAACAUGGCCGUCAUCGAAGUUCCCAUGAUUUCCGGUUUUCGAGCAGAUAUUGAGAGUCUAGAGAGGCUGCUGAUGGACAAGCGAGUGGGUCUGAAGAGAUACGAGCUGAGUGGAAGAAAAGUGUUGUUCUACUUUGAUGAGAUCCCCAGCCAGUGCAUGACGUGUGUGGCUUUUCAAGCUGUCAGGGAAUACAUUGUGGGCAAGACAGCGCCUGUUCCGGUCAAGAUCUAUGACUACUACGAACCAGCCUUUGAAGCCACCCGUUUCUACAACGUUAGUGAGAGCAGCCCGCUAGCUCGGGAGCUGUGUGACGGGCCCACAUGCAACGAGGUGGAAAGUUCAACCAAUCAGUGGAUAGGUUUUGUGCAGGCAAACCAGUGCAACAAUGUGUUUGGCUGCCUGGAGGAGGAGCAGUUUGAGCGCUGCACUUGCUACAGGGACUGUGGUUACGACGGGGAGCCGGUAUGUGGGUCAGACGGUCAGCUCUACCAGAACCAGUGUCAGAUGGAGGUGUUUGCCUGUCGAAACGGGACACGCAUCAAGCAGGUUCCCCUGUCCCAGUGUCCUCACAUGGAGACCACGGUGGAGGACAGGCAGCCAAUAGUAACCCAGGAAACUGAGCAGCCUUCCAUGCCGGUACACACAGGUGAAGAGGAGCAGGGGUCCAUGGCAGAGGUGUCCUACUACUCCUAUGAAUACGACCCGGACUCGGAGCAUUUCCUCGCUGAUGCUGAGGGAGGAGACCAUUUUGACCUCCCUGAAGGUGGGGCGAACGUAGAGCAGAAGGUGCUCCUGCCGGCAGAAACCCAGCUACCCACACUGGACACAAAAAACACCCCUGAGCGAUGAAACGCUGUCUGAGUGAAGCCAUACUCGCCUCCAAAUUGUACAUUAUUUGUGAAUAUGCUAGUGAAUGGAAAGAGAAGAGAGACGUGGGACUGGUGCAGCCUGAGAGGAAUAGAUAAUGGAGUCUGGAGAGUGUGUGUGUUUAGGAAUGGAGUGUGUGGAUGCAUUUGUGUGUGUGUGUGUGUGUGUGUGUGUGUGUGUGUGUGUGUGUGUGUGUGUGUGUGUGUGUGUGUGUGUGUGUGUGUGUGUGUGUGUGUGUGUGUGUGUGUGUGUGUGUGUGUGUGUGUGUGUGUGUGUGUGUGUGUGUGUGUGUGAGUGUGUGUGAGAAAGCUAUUAGGGUAGUCUCCUCCAGACUUGUAUUGUUCUUCCUGCAGGCUCCUGGUCACCAAUAGGCACCAUAGCAUCUUUGUUAUUCACUGUACUGCCUUUAUAAUCACUAGAAUAAAUAAUCAAGUAUUUAUGUUUGUAAUUACACCCGACUUUAAGCAAAAAUAUUUUGUUAUAUUUUCUAUCUGUGGUAUUUAUUUGUAGCUAGAUGUCAUAUCAUUUUUAUUUUAUUCUAUUGUCAUUGCCCCUCUCAUACUCUCUGGCCUACAUUCAAAAGAUACGUGCUGUCAAAGGCUUUUACUCUGCUUCAUAGCAAGCUUUAACCCACUUAUUGAAAUGUUUGAUGACAUCCCUGCGCUGGUAUCCUGCUGGAAGAAGACAUAUGCUAACCAUAUGCUUCACAGAAACAUAAGCUCAAAUGUUUUUCAUUUUAAAGAUUUUUUGGGGGCUUCUUGCCUUUAAUGCUCAGCACCGUAGAGAUCGACAGGGAAACAUAAAGACGGAGAACACAUCGGUGUUCUCGUACACACCAUCAACAUUUACUCUCAAGUCACCUUCCUUUCUACCUUGAGAUUUGAUUGUACAGUUCAUAAGCUAUUUUGUUUUUGUUCAAUUUUGAUUCGUGAAGCAAUCAACUUAAAAAAGAAAUCAAGAAUGAAGUUUUGAAUCUCUGUAAAUUGACCAAAUUUGAUUAAAUGUAGCCCCGAUUCACAACAAAAAUGUGCUUUUUAAGACAAACGAGAAUAAAAUUUGUAUACAAUCCAA